AUGACUGGGCGGCCCUUGGCCACGUGUCCAGCCCUGGUGUCCCUCCCUGCUGGGCAAAAAGAAAAGAAAAACAGCGCGCUCGGGGUCCGGGUCGCGAGGAGGAGGAGGAAGUGGAGGGCGGAGAGGAAAUGGCUGCCGAAAACAAGCCGGAAGAGCGUUUCCCGAAGCGUAUUCUGCGGAACUAGCACCUACUGUGUUCUCAACACCGCGCCACCUAUAGGAGAUGAUCAUGGGAGCAGCAAUAGUCGUCAUGUAAAAAUCUUUUUACCGAAAAAGCUGCUUGAAUGUCUGCCGAAAUGUUCAAGUUUACCCAAAGAGAGGCACCGUUGGAACACUAAUGAGAGAUCAUGACGCAGCCGUCCUUUUGGAUUUCUUUUUAAUAAUGUGUGACCCUUCACCUUUGAUCCCUUGACCUGCAUUACCUUGGUAACCAUUUCAUUUUUUAAUUUCAUUUCAUUUUUUGAUUUUGGUGUACAAGCUGU